UAGCUCUGACUUGUUACUCCAUGUCGUCCCAUCCCUCACUUGUUAGCUCAAUGGCCACUCCAUCCUCAUCUGCCCACAUUUCUGUCAUUCUAGUACUGCUCCUGCUAGUACUGCCACAUGCCAUCUCGGCUUCUUCUCCAGCAACGAGGAACCAUGGCAACGGCAGUGACACUGAUCUCGCAGCGUUGCUGGCUUUCAAAGCCAGCUUCUCCGACCCUGAUGGUGUCCUUUCUAGCAACUGGACAAGCAGUGCAUCGUUCUGCCACUGGGUCGGUGUCUCGUGCAGUCAGCGCAGGCAGCGAGUCACUGCUAUUGAGCUGCCAGGCGUACCACUCUAUGGAUCACUCGCUCCUCACAUUGGUAACCUCUCCUUCCUCUCUAUCCUAAAUCUCAACAACACCAACCUCACCAGCUCAAUUCCAGACGACCUGGGAAGAUUGCACCGCCUAAAAUUUCUAUAUCUUGGCUACAAUUCCUUGUCAGGUAGCAUCCCUCCUAGCAUAGGAAACAUGACAAGCCUUCAAGUUCUUUCCCUACGUCUUAACAAUCUCUCGGGCACAAUUCCAGCGCAGCUGCAUAACCUACACAAUGCUGGCAAAAUAAAUCUCUAUGCGAAUCGCCUCACUGGCUCAAUACCAACUAAUUUAUUCAACAAUACUCAUUUGUUAAGUCAUUUGGACAUAGGCAACAACAGCUUGACAGGACCAAUACCAUCUUGCAUUGGCUCCUUGCCUAUGCUGGAGUUCCUUAACCUACAAGUCAAUCAUCUUGCUGGCCCAGUGCCCAAGGCAAUCUUCAACAUGUCUAAGCUACAUACCAUGUCUUUUGUUGCCAACCUAAACCUAACUGGUUCUAUCCCUAGCAAUAAAAGUUUUAGUCUCCCGAUGCUGGAAGUAAUUGCCAUCGCUGAAAACUAUUUCACAGGUCACAUUCCAUUAGGGUUUGUAUCUUGUCGGUACCUCCAAGUUAUUUCACUAGACACUAAUUCAUUUGGGGGUGUUGUGCCAACAUGGCUAGGCAAGCUGACUAAUCUCAUAUUCCUUUCCUUGAGUCAAAAUGGCCUUGUUGGCACAAUCCCUGCUGUACUUGCCAACCUCACUUCGCUAAUGUCCCUAGACCUCGGAGAAUGCAAUCUAACCGGAGGCAUUCCAGUAGAAUUUGGACAGCUAGGUCAACUCUCGGGUUUGAGUCUACAUGAUAAUCAACUAACGGGAUCUAUUCCAGCUUCUCUCGGUAACCUAUCGAAAUUAGCAUACCUGGGAUUAGCAUUUAAUAUGUUGGUUGGAUCGGUACCUUCAACAAUUGGAAACAUGCACUCUUUGGUGCAUAUCGAUAUUGCACAAAACAGCCUACAAGGAGAUCUCAACUUCUUGUCCAUGUUCACUAAUUUUAGAAGGCUCCAAUAUCUUAGCAUCGCAUCAAAUAAUUUCACUAGUUGUAACCUCCCUAACUAUGUAGGAAAUUUAUCAGGCCAGCUGCAAUAUUUCAAUGCAUCGGGAAUAAACUUAGUUGGUGAAAUUCCACCUACGAUUUCAAAUUUAACCGGUCUCAUUGUGCUAGAUCUUUCAGAAAACCAACUGCAUAGUGUAAUUCCACAAUCCAUCAUGAAAAUGGAGAAUCUACAAGAGCUUGACCUUUAUGAAAAUAACUUGCUAGGCACCAUCCCAUCUCCGAUUACAUUGCUAAAAAAUCUAGAAUUUUUGUUCCUCAAUGAUAAUGAAUUCACUGGUUGCAUACCAGAUGGCAUUGGUAACCUCAGCAAGUUGGUAUACCUGGAAUUAGCCGGUAACCGGUUAUCAUCCACAAUACCGCCAAGUUUAUUUCAUCUUGUUAGUCUUCUCCAGCUUGAUCUUUCUCGAAACCUUUUCAACGGCACAUUACCGCUUGAUAUAGGAUAUCUGAAACAAAUUAACUUCAUGGAUAUCUCUACCAAUCGUUUGGUUGGUAGCCUCCCGGAUUCAAUUGGACAACUCCAAAUGAUAGCCUACCUGAACCUAUCACACAAUUCUUUUGAUAAUUCGAUUCCUCAUUCUUUUGACAAGCUAGAAAGCAUGGACACUUUGGACCUAUCCCAUAAUGAUCUAUCUGGUACCAUCCCAGAGUACCUUACCAAUUUUACCUGCCUAACUAGCUUGAACCUCUCUUUCAAUAAGCUACAAGGCCGCAUACCAGAAGGAGGUGUCUUCUCAAACAUCAGCCUACAAUCCUUGAUGGGGAACUCGGGGCUAUGUGGCGCUUCAGCUUUAGGAUUUUCACAGUGUCCAAGUAACACUACCCAAAGAACAAAAGACCACAUGUUGAAAAUUUUGCUUCCUACUAUCAUCGUAGUAACUGGAGUUGUAUCUUCAUGCAUAUAUGUAAUAAUCCGAAAGAAAAUCAAGAAGCAGCAAGGGAUGGCAGUUUCUACAGGUAUGGUUGACAUGAUCGGCCAUCAGUUGGUUUCCUACCAUGACCUCGUUCAUGCCACUGAAAAUUUUAGCGACAGCAACUUGUUGGGGUCUGGAAGCUUUGGAAAUGUUUUUAAGGGCCAACUACGCAAUGGUGUGGUGGUUGCAAUAAAAGUACUUGACAUGCAUUUGGAACAAGCCAUUAGAAGCUUCGAUGCCGAGUGUGGUGUGCUACGCAUGGCGCGGCACCGCAAUCUGAUAAGGAUCCUCAACACCUGCUCGAACCUUGAUUUCAGAGCACUGGUGCUGCCAUACAUGUGCAAUGGUAGCUUAGAGACGCUCCUUCACUCCUCUGGAGCCACAAGGAACUUGGGGUUUCUAGAGAGGUUGGACAUCAUGAUCGAUGUGUCCAUGGCAAUGGAGUAUCUACACCAUGAGCAUCAUGAGGUGGUCUUGCACUGUGACUUGAAGCCAAGCAAUGUGUUGUUCGAUGAUGACAUGACAGCACAUGUUGCGGACUUUGGCAUCGCAAGGCUGUUACUUGGUGAUGAUAACUCCGUGAUUUACGCGAGCAUGCCUGGCACAGUUGGCUACAUGGCCCCAGGUAUGGAGGUUGUCCUUGUCGUGGAUGACCAGCUAAUACAUGACUCUUCUUCCACUGUCAGCUUGGAAGGCUAUCUUGUGCCGAUGUUUGAGCUGGGCCUACUCUGCUCCAGCGACUCGCUUGACGAGAGAAUAACCAUGAGCAAUGUGGUCGUGAGAUUGAAGAAGAUCAAAGUGGAGUACACCAAAGCCAUAGGAGCAGCAGCAGCAGAACGGAGUGCUGCCCCAUGACUGAUUUGUCGAAAUGAAAAAAGCAACAUCAUCAGACUUCAGUGGGCACGUACGGAGUGUCCCAAUGCACCUUGUUUCGGCGCGCAGAUUCUGUUAAGAUUAUUAAUACUUGUAAUAACCUUGCCA